AAUCUCUGCCACCUGCUCCCCUCAUGCAAAUGAACCCAAACCCCUGACAGCUGCUCCUUGGGCCUCCAACUCUAAGCCCUGUCUUCCCUCUGAGCUUGGCCAAGACUUAGGGCAGCCUGAUCCUUCUGGCUCCUGCCUUCACAGCCCCAGCAGGACCCCGUGAGUCAUGGGGACAAGGAGUGGGCCAAACCCCAGGUGGGAGCACGGGAUGGGGUUGCCCUCCACUUGCAAUCCUUUCUCUACCCAGACUAGGGGCAGGCCUGUCCAUCCUUCUCUCUGAAUCCCUUGUACCUCCCCCUGCCCCCCAGGAUCAGACCCUGGGGCAGCUGGUUAGGGUUUGUUGGGAAGAAGGAUUAUCCAGAUCAGUCCCUUCUAAUCUCAGCUCCUGCCUGCACCCUCCCUAUAUUCACCAGAACCCUCUUCCCCCACCACCCUGAGCUAAGGGACACAGUUUGGGGUAUUGACAAAUGGGCCAUCUCUCGCCCUUGUAUUCUGGCUCUUGGACUGGUUGCUAGGUAGGCCCUGACUGCCAAGAUCAUCACCAUUGGUGGGGGCCAGGGCCUGAGGGGGCUGCUGGAGCUAUGGUGACUACUGCUCUUUUGCACCCUCCCAAACCCUAACCCUUAAUCCUCACAGCUUUGCUCUAAUCCCAUGGGGCCUGAUGCUCCUCUCUCUGCCUGCAAAGAGACAGACCAGGGAAGCACCCCUUCCACCCCUCCUCCCUCCAGAGCUGCCUGUGGGGGGCUGCUCCUCUAUGGCCCCACAGUCCUGCUCCUUCCCCUCCCCCAUGCUGGGCCCAAGUCUCUCUGGAAGCCACACACCUCUCUCCCUGUCCUCUUCCCCCACCCCUGCCAGCUGAUUUCAUUUGCCUGACCUGGUUGGCCCUCCCCUCCCCUGUCAGUGCCCCCCCCUUCGAGUGCCCAGAGUGGGGCCAGGCCAGGCCAGUUCCUCUGGCAGCAGAGCCAGGGCAGGUGACGGGCUGGCAUCACAGCUGAAGGAGUGAGGAGACGCCUGGGAACCAGAGCUGGAAACCUGGGAGAGGUCCAGUCAGAGCCCAAGAGCCGGAGGUACCCCUCAACUCGUCAGCCAUGGGGGAGAUGGAACAGCUGCGGCAGGAAGCGGAGCAGCUCAAGAAGCAGAUUGCCGAUGCCAGGAAAGCCUGUGCUGACAUUACUCUGGCAGAGCUGGUGUCUGGCCUAGAGGUCGUGGGACGAGUCCAGAUGCGGACACGGCGGACGUUAAGGGGACACCUGGCCAAGAUCUAUGCCAUGCAUUGGGCCACUGACUCCAAGUUGCUGGUAAGUGCCUCGCAAGAUGGAAAGCUGAUUGUGUGGGACACCUACACCACCAAUAAGGUGCACGCCAUUCCGCUGCGCUCCUCCUGGGUCAUGACUUGUGCCUAUGCCCCAUCAGGGAACUUCGUAGCAUGUGGGGGGCUAGACAACAUGUGCUCCAUCUACAGCCUCAAGUCCCGUGAGGGCAAUGUCAAGGUCAGCCGGGAGCUCUCUGCUCACACAGGUUAUCUCUCCUGCUGCCGCUUCCUGGACGACAACAACAUUGUAACCAGCUCAGGAGACACCACGUGUGCUCUGUGGGAUAUUGAGACCGGGCAGCAGAAGACUGUGUUUGUGGGACACACGGGGGACUGCAUGAGCCUGGCUGUGUCUCCUGACUUCAAACUCUUCAUUUCGGGGGCCUGUGAUGCCAGCGCCAAGCUCUGGGACGUGCGGGAAGGGACCUGCCGGCAGACUUUCACUGGCCAUGAGUCGGACAUCAAUGCCAUCUGCUUCUUCCCCAACGGAGAGGCCAUCUGCACAGGCUCGGACGACGCCUCCUGCCGCCUAUUUGACCUGCGGGCAGACCAGGAGCUGACUGCCUACUCCCACGAGAGCAUUAUCUGUGGUAUCACAUCUGUGGCCUUCUCCCUCAGUGGCCGCCUGCUCUUCGCAGGCUACGAUGACUUCAACUGCAAUGUCUGGGAUUCCAUGAAGGGCGAGCGUGUGGGUAUCCUCUCCGGCCACGACAACAGGGUCAGCUGCCUGGGGGUUACAGCUGAUGGGAUGGCGGUGGCCACUGGUUCCUGGGACAGCUUCCUCAAAAUCUGGAACUGAGGAGGCUGGAGGAGGGGAGGUAAAAGGCCAUGAAGACACUCAGCUGUCCCCUCCCCUGCCCAAUUUCUUUAAGGUUCCUUUAAGGAUUUCUCUCCUAUACCCUAGCUGCUAUUCCCACCAAGCUUUCUCCUUUGAGGACAGUGGGGAACAUGGGGAGUAUGCCUUUGGAAGGCAGUAUCAGGGACACAGGGGCAGAGAACUGCCCCAUCUUCUCCCAUGGCCUCCCCUCUCCAUGACAGCUUCUCCCAUAAUGAGCAAGGACAACUGGCCCCUCCCUAGCCCUUGGCAGGCCCGGCAGGCUUCCAGUGUGAGGCCCCAGGCCCUAGGAUUCCUCCCCUGGAGCUACAACCUUUGUCCAGACCUGGAGGGCACAGGGUGCUCAGUCUUAUAACUGUCUCUGGCAGCACAGGGUCCUGGCCCCCUGCUUCAUGCUUUCUCUUUUUUUCUACCCUUUUCUUCUCUCCUAAAGUACCUGCAAUAAAGUAUAGCACCCUGGU